AUGGCAAACGAAACGGGUUUCAACAAUUCCAACGCGACAAGCGGCAACGACACCGUACCAGCCGGCUUAAGUCCCGGGACCUACGGGCUCGUUAUCAGUGUGACAAUGAUAUGCGUCGGCACCAUCGUCUACAAUAUUCUCAUCAUCAUCGCAUUUAUUCGCGAUUCCGCCGUGCGAAAUCCUUUUUCGUACUACAUCCUGAAUGUCUCCAUCACCGACCUGGCUUUGGCUCUGUUCAGCAUGACCGGCUUCGUCUGGUUCACCUUAUCACCCACAUCCAACGCUAGUUAUUGCCCGUACUACAACUUCUUUGAUAACUUCUUCUCCACCAGUACCGCACAUUCGGUGAUGCUCAUCAGUCUGGACCGGCUGUUUUCAAUGCGCUACGGUACAACGAAAUGA